AUGAUUAUAGUUUCCUUUAAUAUUCGUGGAGGAGGUAAUGCCCUCAAGAGAAGGAGGAUUAGUACUAUUCUAAAGAAGGGAGAUGCGGAUAUAGUUUUGAUUCAAGAAACGAAGCUUUCAAAUACGGAGGAGUUUAUGGUCAAAGGUAUGUGGAGCGGGACGGAGGUUGGUUAUUCAUUCUCUAAUUCCGUAGGUCUAUCGGGGGGGAUUUUAUCUUUAUGGAGGACGGAUAGGGUGGAGGUUUUGUGUAGUUUCAAAGGUGAAGGAUAUGUGGGUAUCAAAGUUUGUUGGAAGGAUAAUUUUUAUUAUGUGGUGAAUGUCUAUUCUUCUUGUCUUCUUUUCAAGAAAAAAGAAUUAUGGAACAACUUGUUAAACGAGAAAGCUAUUCUUUCGGACGGUGAAUGGAUUAUAGGCGGGGAUUUCAAUGCGACAAAAAAUUAUAGUGAAAGGAAAGGGAGGAUAGAAAGGGAGGUUGGUAAUGGCACGGACCUUUUUACUAAGUUUAUUCAUGAAAUUGAUUUAGUGGACAUUCCUUGUAAAGGAAAGAAAUUCACAUGGUAUAGUGGGAAUGGUUUGGCGAUGAGUAGAAUUGACCGGUUUUUGGUAUCGGAAGUGGUGGUGGAUAGAUGGGUAUUGGUGGGUCAAUUAGUGGGGGAGAGAGACAUAUCGGAUCAUUGUCCGGUGUGGUUGGUUAAAGAUAACAUCAAUUGGGGUCCAAAACCAUUUAAAUUUAACGAUGAAUGGUUCUCUUUGAACUCCUUUUUACCUUUUGUGGAGAAGGAAUAG